AUGUUUACUCAGAAAAAAUUACUCCUUAGCAUUAUUGAUGAUGAUCCGAGCCUUAUUUCGGCUGCUCUUACUGAAGCAGGAACAGGAAAUAUAGAAUUGGAUAUAUCAUCAUUUGAAAAUGUCCCAAAUAUUUUGUUGAAUGGAGCACCAUUAAUUUCAAUUGCCAUGUAUUUUGAUGCAAUGAGGUGCUUCAACACUCUUAUUCAAUAUCCUUCUAAUGCAACUAUAACAGAUCGUAAAUUAGUAACCCCACUUCAUUUUGCAUGCGAAUUAGGAAAUAUUGAAUGGAUAAAACUGCUUUGCAAGAAUGGAGCAUCAAUAACUGCACGCGAUAAGCAUGGUAGGCAACCAAUCCAUUAUGCUGCACAAGGAGGCCAUUCGUUCGUUGUUGAAUGGCUUGUUUCAAUGGAUGUUCCUCCAGAUUUGCUUGAUAAAGGAAAGAACUCGCCACUUCAUUAUGCCUGCAAAGGCGGACAUAUUGAUGUUGCACGCUUUCUCCUUAGUAAAGGAGUUAAACAAACACAGAAUGAAAAUGGUUUUACACCAUUAAUUUAUGCAGCAAAAAUCAAAAAUAGCGAAUUAGUAGAUUUACUUCUUAAAAAUGAUGCUGAAGUUAAUGACAGAAAUAAGAAUGGAGAGACAGCAUUGCAUUGGAGUGUAUCCGAAGAGGAUGAUACAUCUACUAAAAUGCUUGUUACAUAUGGUGCGUUUGUCAAUGCUCAGACAGGAGAAGGAUUGACUCCUUUAAUGUUGGCAGCAGAAAAAGGAAACUUUAAAAUUUGUACUUUCUUGAUUGCAAAUGGUGCUCAAGCUAUAAUAUCAACUCCAGACAAUUGGACAGCGUUACAUUAUGCAUGCACAUCAGGAAAUGUAAAUGUUUGCAGAUUACUUUUGAAUAAUGGCGCUAUAGUUAAUGCAGUUAACUCUGAUAGAAACACUCCACUUCAUCUUGCUGUGAAAAGCAAUUCAGUAGAAAUAAUACGAGCACUCUUAGACAGCGGUGCAAACAAAAAUAUUCGUGAUGCAAAUAGGUUAACUCCAAAACUUGUUGCAAGAGCACUUAAAUAUUAUGAAGCGUAUAGCAUGCUUAAGUAA